AUGAGAAGGAGCAAAGAAGAGAUCACGUGCAAAUUCGUGCAACAAACCAAGAUCGUGAUUGUGGUCGAGGCCGAGGUCACUUUCAAGGAAGAGGUCGUGGAUGAAGUAGAGGAGAUGUUGCUCAAAGUGACGGCAAACUUGGUGACUGAUGCUGAUCAAGUUCUAUUAUUGGCAUUCAAAGAAGAUGAAGGAGGCCAAACUGAUACGUGGUAUUUGGAUAGUAGUGCAAGCAAUCACAUGUGUGGGAGAAAAGAGAUGUUUACCAAGUUAGAUGAGAAAAUUAAAGGGAAAGUCUCUUUCAAUAACAACUCCAAAAUUCUUGUUGAAGGCAAAGGUACAAUUCUGAUUCGCUUGAAGAUUGAUGCAUGUCAGUUUAUUACUAAUAUUUAUUAUGUCCCGAAAAUGUCAAGCAAUAUUUUAAAUUUGGGACUUAGGAUUCUGGCAAACACCUUCGAUGAGCUGGAAUUGGACGCCACACGGGCUAUUGAUAAGUUCGAGGUGAUUGGGAAAAGACAUCGGUGA